AUCAAUACGUAUGCAGCAACCCAGUUCCACCUAGUGAUACCAAUUAAUCCAAAUAUAGAAAAGCGCAUACCUUUCCCUACGCCAGGAACAUGCGCGACGCGCUUUCAACCAACCACAUCAAAAAGGCAGUACCCAGCCUUCAACUAACUCCAUUUUUUGAUCGUACCUCAAACCUCUGACUGACACAAAUUAGAAGCCUUUAUUAAAACACUUGCGUGUCACGUAUUUCAACUUGAAUAUUCACAGAAACCAUCCGCGUCCCUUCAACACGAAGAGACGCCAAGUCGGACCUUAACAAAUCAUGUCUCUCAAGCGCAAGGCUUCAUUCUCUGGCAUUGGGUCUCCUAAUGCUGCGCCAGUUAUCACAGUACGGUCGUUGAUGAUGGAUGACUCCCCAAAACAUCUCAAUAGUCGGACACGGAAACGCUACAGGAACGAUCGUCCGGAUGAUCAAAUUGUAUAUGAAAAUACACUCCGUCGGCUCUUCACUGCUCAGCAGCAGCAGGGACCUCAGCUUCCUCCUGCAGAUGAAGAUGUGGUCGAAAAUAUGGAGUCGGAUGUCCUAUCAUCAGAAAUCAUCGAUUCACGACAGCAAACGCUGCAUAAAUUCUUCCUGCCUGCCCGCCCAUCAUCCUUUCAAUCCGGGCUCAAUCAGUUAAAGCAACAGCCCGACAACAUGUCACAUAUCAAUACCAAUUUUUUGAAACCCCACGAUCUUUACGUUAUCUCAAAUGUCAACCCGAUCGGUAGUAACGCAGCCACUCCAUCCUCACAAGAAUCCGCGACGGAUAUGGAGGUGCAAAGGGACUCCGGAAGCGACGAGUCAACCAGGAGAUGGAAUGGAGGGCACGGUUGGCUAUGAUAUGGCACCUGAUUAUCAGUGCUCCGUGUGGAAUUUCUCCAUCUUUAUACCCAUUGACGACUACUUAUUCCCCACGACAUGCCUUUUCGAGUGACCCAACGACUGCUGGACAUCAUUGGUGCUCUUUCGAUAUAUAUCUGUGACCACUGACGCUUUAAACCAUUCCGCAAAACGAAUAUAAUUAUAUCUAUGUGCAUUUUCCUACAUCGAAUUUACGUUCUCGAUUCAAUGCUGGUGAUGG